AUGACCGAAGAGAAACCGUCACAACAGGGACAACAACCAAGUGACCCUCUUGGAACAAGUGUAGAGGAUCUAUACUUGGAGAGUUAUGCAUUCACCACUGCAGCCGCUAUUGUCGGGUCAGUUGACCGCAAAAUAUUUGUCCUUUUGAAGGAUGGAAGAAACUUUUUCGGCAUAUUGAGAACAUUUGACCAAUUUGCCAAUUUGGUGCUUCAAGAUACUUUUGAAAGGAUAUACGUUGAAGGAGAGCCCAAGAAAUUUGGUGAAAUAUACCGUGGGGUGUUCAUAGUGCGCGGUGAAAAUGUGGUGAUGAUGGGAGAGCUUGACAUAGAUAGAGAGGAUGAUCAUUUGGAAAAUCUACAACAGAUACCCUUUGAGCAAGCUGAACAAGAGCAGAAACAGCAGCACGCGCAGCUAAUAAAAGAGGAAAACACAAAGAAAAAGACGUUUUUUGAGAAAGGAUUGAUUUAUGAUUUUCAACAAAGCGUUUUAUACUAA